AUGCAGGGAGGAAUUCCAGGACUUACAUUAUAUCACUUAAAGAGGCAUCUUCAGAAAUACAGGCUCGGUAAGAAUCUACAUGGACACGUGAACGGUGGGACCAACAAAAAUGGGGAGAAGAUGUCAGAGACAAAUAAUGGAACUCACACAGUGAGUCCAAGCUUUGGACCCCAAGCAAAUAAAAGCUUACAUAUAAGUGAAGCAAUGCAAAUGCAAAUCGAAGUGCAAAGAAGACUACAUGAGCAGCUUGAGGUACAGCGACACUUGCAGCUCCGAAUAGAAGCUCAAGGGAAAUAUCUACAGGCAGUUUUGGAGAAAGCCCAGGAGACUCUCGGAAGACAGAACCCUGGAGCUGUAGGACUGGAGGUUGCCAAGGUUCAGCUUUCCGAGUUGGUGUCAAAAGUAUCCACACAAUGCUUGAAUUCAAAAUUUUCAGGGGUGAAAUCGAAAGAAUUGUCAAGUUUAUGCCCACAGCCAAACCUGACAUCUCAGCCUACAGAUUGUUCGAUGGACAGUUGCUUGACCUCCUGUGAAGGCUUGCAAUCGCCAAGAGAACAAGAUAUGCACAAUAGUGGAAUGGGAUUAAUAGCUUUUAAUGCCUGUGCAACUUUUGAGAAAAAGGAGGCUGACAAGGAGCCUAGACUACGGCAGACUGAACAUAGAUGGUGCACUGAAGACCUGAUCAAGGAAAACAAAAAACUUGUUUCCUCAGUGAACAUAAACACAGAAAGAUCCAUGCUCUCUAUAGAAAUGGACUCUGUUAGGCAGACUAUUAUGACAUGAUAUAGAUGCAUGUAUGCUGUGAUAAUGUUGGUUUUGACGUAGAGCAAAAACAGAACACAAAGGUUGGAAGAGCUGAUUUCUUUUGAUUCAAAACCAUACUUAUAGAGAUUACAUCCAAGAUUUUUAAACACA